AUGCCGCUCCUUGCCGUGGCAUGCUCCGCUCCUCUAACUCUAAGCCUCUCCGCCUCUCCUCUCCCUUGCCAUCGCUACUCGCCGUCUCCACCGAGGAAGCAAUUACUCACCUUCCGUGAACUCCACUGCCAGAAGAUGUAUGUUCCAGAUACCUCUUUGAGCUUGCUGGAUCAUGGAAGCCUCAGAUUCUUGCCUUCUCUAGUUGCUGCUUCAGUUGUCUUUGUUUCUAGAUACACCAUUGAUGCAAAAAGCCAUCCUUGGGGUGUGACUGGCAAGUACUUCGGCGAUUGCAAUGAGGAGGAUACGAGUAACCAUGCCAAGUAUGAAGAACUAGCAACAAAGCUCUGGGAUUUAAGCGAGAAGAUGGUUAACACCAAUGAGCAAAGUGUUGGUAUAGUGAAAAUACUGAAGAAGUAUGACAAGAGAACAGGAGCACUUAUCAGGCAGCCCUUCAUCGAAAAGGUGCUGCAGCAGCCAUUCUUUACAACUGAUCCCCUAUACAAACUCGUGAAGGAGUGUGUGGCUAUGCUCGACCACCUUUUCCCUAGCAACAACCUGUCAAUUUCAGCAGAAUGCGACGGACAAAAUGGAGUGCCAAAGCCGGCACAAUUAGGUGGGAGGGUUCCGGAGUUGGAGAAGAUUAAAUAUAUGCAGAGCUUAUACAUGAAGAGCACCGUAGCAGCGCUGCGGUCCUUGAAACAUAUUAGGAGCAAAAGUUCAACAGUCAAAACAGAUUAG